CGUUGACCCCCAUGCCACUCCAAUAUACUGGUCCGUCGACGUUCUACACUGAACUAGCUGAGAUUCCUCUUCCUGUAUCUGCUGAAUUCAUUGGCAACGAUGUUACACGGGUUACUUAUUCCAUUCGCGAUCAUGAUCGAAACAUCAAACGAUAUCUCACGAAGACAUCCGACAAUCAGUGCACAACCUCUCAUGAUUCAUCCGAAGUAAAGGCGUUCAAAACUUCACCUUCUAAAUCUCGUCAAGCGAUCCUGAGAGAGGUAGCCAAUAGCAAACGAUUCGUCGAGAUCUGGGCUGGCACCCAAUUAGAAGCUUCUUUGGAUGUAUCAAACUACCAUCAAGCUUUCCUCACAGAUGAUUUCCUAUACUCCCUUUCCUUCUCUCCCUCUGAAACGUCGCUCCUAUACACCGCCGAAGCAUCUCUCAACACCGAUGAUAAUCCAUACUUCAAAUUUAGAUACACACCUCACUUUGGUGAUACCUCUCGCGCAAAGAAACGUCCUACCAUCUUUAUAUUCAGCUGGACCAGAUCACCCGAAUUCACAAGGGCAAAUAAACAAGACUCGACACUUGUCGCAAUUCCGUGCCAGUCCACCAAAACACCCAUCCUAUUCGCUCAAGCCACAUUCGCAACAGAGGACACAGUCUUUGCAACAGGUCACGAAUACACUAUAGACGGCCGUCUCCUCGGCGCAAAAGGAUGCUUCAACCGUCCUAUGGGCAUAUGGCAACUUAUUUUCCCCAAAGGCUCAUUCUGCUCUCCAUCUGCAUCAAGACUCACUCCCCCAAACAAAUCUUGCCGUUCUCCUCGCGUCUUAUACCACGACAACCAGCCCAUAAAACUCUUCUGGUUCUCAAAUCCCAUAGGCGGCCCCCACGCAUCCUGUGUCUCUCUCGAAUCCCGCGAUCUCCUCACAGGCAUUAACACAACCCUCGUAAAAACCGUGUUCGAACCUACCCCAUCAAACGACUUUCCAGGUCUCUACACAGAGUACAACAUGCCUUCAAGCCCGUUUUUGCGCCGCGCAGACCGCGUAUACAUCGUUCUACAGUCCAUAUGGCACUCACGCACGACCGUUUUCUUCAUCGAUACCCAAUCAGGAGCCGUCAUAGAUGCAACGACAUUAGGCGACGGACCGUUGUAUAGCUGGACUGUACACGCUACCGAUAACAAGAGUCGGUUUAUUUGCUCAAGGAGCACGCCUACUACCCCUUGGGAAGUCUUAUUAGGAUCUUUUGAUCAAAAUGAUACCCUCCAAUGGAAAGUCCUUGAUAAACCGAUAUUGUCGUCUACAAUGAAAGAAGCCCUCGACGACCUAACACCAUCCAUCAUACCCAUCACCACCCGCGCACCAACAGAAUCGCUCCUCAUCCAAUCCAAGAAAGCUUCUACGAAUGGUGGCCCGAAACCGGUGUGCGUCACUAUCCCGCAUGGAGGACCCCAUGCGACCUCGACUACUGCGUUUGUUCCGGCUGUCGUCGCAUUAGCACUUGAAGGAUAUACCCUCAACCUCCCCAACUACACAGGCUCCAUGGGAUUCGGCCAAAAAUACAUCCAAAAGCUCCUCGGGAACUGCGGGAGCAUGGACGUCGAAGACGUCGCAGAAAGCGUCAGGGAACUUAUUAGAAGGGGCGUUUCGGAGGAAGGAAAACAGGUCAUGAUGGGAGGUAGUCAUGGCGGGUUCAUCGCUGCUCAUUUGAUAGGCCAACAUCCGACCCUAUUCAACGCAGCAUCACUCCGCAACCCCGUCAUCUCAGCAGGCGAACUCGCGACAGGGACUGAUAUCCCUGAUUGGGUUUAUUCUGAAUUCGGGGUUACAUCCACCAACUCUGAUUCUGAAUCCAACUCCAACUCCUUCACACCACCCCCACCAACACCAAUGCCUCCCACGUCUGCACCUUCCCAAACGAUGCCUCUGCCCACACCCCCUCUUCCACUAAUGACACCCAAAGCAUACAACACCCUCUUCACCGCAUCCCCAAUCGCGCAUGUCGACAAUAUAACAGUGCCAGUGCUGAUAUUGAUAGGCGAGGAUGAUUUGAGGGUGUUUCCGGGGCAGGGUAUUGGGUUUUAUCAUGCGAUUAAGGGGAGGGGAGGUGGUGUUCGGAAUGAGAAUGUAACUGAAGAUGCGACUGGAGAUGGAACUGGGGAUGCGACCGUGAUUGGGGAUGAGACGGGGACCGAAAAGGACACAAAGAAAGGGAUAGUAGAGAUGUUAUCUUUCCCCGGAGAAUCGCAUGCGAUCGAUGGAGUUGAAGCUGCUAGGGUUUCGUUCGAGGCUACGAGGGAUUGGUUCAAGGCGUUUGCAGAGGGCUGUUAGUCGUGCGGUGGUGUAUAUGUACGGGAAAUCAUGUAGGCUAGGAUAUACCCUUGACGUCGACCGUCGAAAUUUAAACAUGGUGUAAAUUA